AAAUGAAAACAGUCCAAUAAUGUUUAUUGUUCUAUGAAUUAUGAGUAGUACUACCUGCUAACCUCCUGGGGAUGGAGCACAUUUGAAAUUUGAAUCUAAUAUUGUGAAUGGAGCCAUUGUUUAUAUUUCUACUGCAAGCCACAUAUCCUUUUCACUAUGCACACACACAAGACAGCUCAUACACAAAUGUAUUCAAAACCUGAGUGGCUUCUAUUUUAGUUUUGUGUGUAUGUGAGUGGAGUGCUGGUCAUAACCACCUUCUUUCAGAAUUUUUGUGAUUGCAGAAUACCCCUUGCUUUGAACUACAGCUGAACAUACCGCAACCAUCUUCUUACUUCUUACUAUACUUACUAUACUUAGUAUAACACCUCAAUUUUGUUUUUGCACUGCACUUGCAUUAACUAGUGUUUGUAUUAGUUCUUGGUUUUAAAUUAUUGUAUUAUUAGUCAUGCAAUUAAGUUUGAAAUCAUCCUUUUGUUACCAACUAGACCACUCGAGAACAUCUCAAAAGAAGCAUUUAUCUCAUGUCUUUCAGAUUACACUAUGAAUCCUUGCACAAUUGCAUUUGUUUAAUUUCAAAGAUAUAAAACAAUCAAAAUGUGUUACUGUCCGAUAGCCAUGUUUAUGUACAUUCAGACUGAGAAAACAAGCAAGGGAUAAAAAAAGAAAGAAUUGUUAGAACGGAGAGUUUUGUGGUCAGGCAGGUUAGAGCACAUUGUAUCCAUUUUUAUCAGCCGGAGAACAUGCAGGCUUUCUCAUCAUACAUGUGAACUAGGACUCUAAAUCACACUAAAGCACUAACUAUAGUUGUCAGAAUAAAGUAUAACCUUUAACAUUGGCUAGGACCGUUUAAAUGUGAUUUAAAUCUGAAAAGCAAUUGUGUGUGUAUUUGUGUCAUUUCUCAUCUUCAAAAGUCUCAAGUACAAAACUAUAGAAAGAUAAAGUAAGACUAUAACUAGGUUAUAUUGACUUAAGAUUGUGUAUGGCAUCAACAGGUUACAGCUUGAGGAGCUGAACAUCCUCCUGUAGAUCCUUCGUAAACAAAUCAUUAAGACAGGUGGAGGAGAGAGGAAAGAGCUGCCAUGAACAGGUUAAAUUUAGACAGGUACAUCUUUGGGAACUUCCCCAUAGGGGUUUCACAGCCUCAGACUAUAUAAAGAGGAGUUAGAGAACAGAGCAGGGUUGUGGCUCUGAGGUGAGCAAGGGAGGAGGGAAGACAACAUAGAUAAGAAGUGAACACCCUAAUUAAGAAGCUUUCCUAAGAUUAAUCCCUGCAUUUGGAGGAGGUAAGACUGGGGGAUCUACCAAAAGGAUGUGAAUACUGAAUAGUAUAGAUCUCAACUGACAGGCACAGGAGAAAAAAUAAAAUUAAUCACUCCAGAGAGCAGUGACUAUAGUUAACUAUUUAAUGGAUUUUUAGCAUAUGAAUCACUGAUAGUAAGGGUAAAGUAGAAACCUGGAAAUCUUAACAUUUUUAUAAGUCCUACCUUAGCAUCAAUUUAAAAUUUUCUUUUUUGUUAUUGUUUUACUGUGAAGAUAUUUUGAUUGUAAUAAAAUGUCUUUCAUGGCAAGUGCUUUGGCAAUAUUAGACUCAUGGGUAUGAAAGACUGUACAUAGAACCACUUUUGGUUCUAUGAGAAUGUAUAGGAAUUGAGAUGUAUAGGAAUAAAUAGACUUAAGUGCACACUGGUGAUCACUUAGAUAAAGCAGAUGUACUUCAGCCAGAGCUUCAUUCCUUUAUCCAAGCACCUGAUAAGCUUCAAUUAGACAUCUGUUAACCUAUUAAAUUAUCAGCUGUGGUCUGACAUUUUAACAGUCUUAACUCUUAGCAGUUUUAAUUCUAAUCAACCUUAGUCUAAAUAUGCAUGUAAAGGUUACACAGUUUUUUGAAAUAGACACUGAAGUCUCAAUUGUUAGAAAAUACUUCCAGAGAAACCUUACAAAACUUCCAUCCAAGCCCCGCACUUAACAGAUAUUCUGACUCCUUAACUUUUUCUUACUUAUUACACUUGCCUGUGCUCCUCUUUCCCCCAACCCACUCGCCUCUCUUUGCUUGCCUCAACUCUUACAUUCUUUCCCUUCUUCCACCUCACUCCACUUUCUAAAUGUAUGUAGAGCUAUGCUAUGCCCGGGUAGCUUCCUCUCUGAGAAGCAGUUCCAGUGCUCCAUCUGUUUAGAUGUCUUUGACAAUCCGGUCUCCACCCCAUGCGGCCAUAGUUAUUGCAUGAACUGCAUCGGACAGUACUGGAAUGGAGUCAAACUCUCUCAGUGCCCAUUGUGCAAGGAAAGCUUUAAGAAGAAACCUGAGCUCCACAUCGACCGCACUCUUCGUGAGAUCACAGAGCAGUUCAAGAAGAUGAAGGGGGAAGCUGGGGCAUGUGAGUCAGUCCCCAGGGCUGCAACCAAUGUGAAUGAUUCAGAUAGCACGCAGCCCUUACGAGAGCUUACGAGAAGAGUGUCUCUCAGGAGAUACACUCUGACUAGAGCUGCACACAGCAGGAAAUUGUCAGUGUGAAAGCACCACCAUAAACUGGAUCUCUUCUGCAAAGCUGAUGGGGAGGGUAUCUGCUCUGAGUGUGGAGAUUUAGAUCACCAAUCACAUAACAUCAUCUCUGCAGAAAAGGAGUGGCUGAUAAGCAAGACUCAGAUUAACAUUACAGAAACAAAAAUACAGGAAAUGAUUGGACAAAGGCAGAGGAAAGUAGAGGAGAUUAAAUUAUCAAUGGAGAUAAAAAUGUCUGCAGAAAGAGAGAUGCAGCACAGCAUGCGUGUGUCUGGGGCCUCUGUUGAGCGCAGCCAGGCCGAGCUGCUGAAGAUGAAUGAAAUGGGACAGCACUCAGCAGAACACAAGGCAGAAGGAAUGAUCAGAGAGCUGGAGCUGGAGCUCACAGAGCUGAGGAAGAGAAGUGCAGAGAUGGGUAAACUGGCCCAGAGAGAUGACUACAUCAGUAGACUGAAGAUAAAGAAAUGCAGGAAUAUGCAGCUAUGUGAAGACUAUAUAAAAGUGGACAUGAUCUUGGACCCCAGUACGGCCCAUUCUCUUCUCAUCCUGUCAGAAGACAGAAAGAAGGUGAGGUGUGGUGACAGGCACCAACUCCUUCCCAGCAACCCUGAGUGCUUUGAUUGUAUGGGGUGUGUCCUGGGCUGAGAGGCUUUCACUUAUGGUUGGCACUACUGAGAAGUGGAGGUGGGAGGCAAGACAGACUGGGACUUGGGGAUGGCCUGCCACUCUAUAAAUAAGAAGGGAAAAGUGACUGUCACCCCCAGCAAUGGAUACUGGUUCCUUACCCUACGAAAUAACUAUGCGUUUGGAACAGACCUUUCCCUCACCCUUCCCCUUAACCCAAAACCCAAAAAGAUUGGUGUGUUUGUGGACUAUGAGAAAGGGCAAGUUUCUUUCUAUAAUGUGGAAGCUAAGCUGCACAUCUACACAUUCACAGACACGUUCUGUGAGGCCAUCUACCCGUUCUUCAGCUCCUGCACUAACAAGUUAGGCAAGAAUGAAGCAGCACUUGUCAUUACACCUGUUUUGCUUCCUGUCUGAUGGAUAUGGUGGCUGAAAACUGUUUUGUUUUCAGUUUUCUUCAGUACAGUAUUUAACUCACCAGAAUGAUACUUGUAUGAUUUACAGUGUGUUCUAUCACUUAUUUUCUGUGCAAUAUAGUUCUGUCUUUAUACAAAAAGAAUCUUUAUAAUAACAGCAAUGUUGUAAUGUAAGUUCUAUACUAUGAAAGUAAUCUAUCAGUAAAAGUCCCUGCUUUUCCAAUGAAAGUUUCAUUUACACUAUUCCUCUGUUCACAAAAAAACCCAAACACUUAGACUAGCAGAAGUGAACAGCAGCAUGACAAAUGCAAUUCAGACUGUUUGCAAGCAGGCAAAAAGACCCUGCUCAAGGGUGACACUACGGAAGGAAUAGUGGAACUGUCUACUCAGAGCCCCUGAAUGGAGGGUGCCUAAGGGGCCCAGACUAAACAUUUACUUUCACAGGGCCCAAAAUGUAGAUGGGGUCAAUGCUGACAAUGCUAGUUGUACUUUACUAGCUCUACUAGGA